CUGUCCAGUAGAAGUGUGGACCCCGUGGAAUGUUGCAUCUUCUAGGAGCCAUGUUUAAAAGCAGCAAAAGAAUCAGGGCCAUGAAAGCCCCUGGAGGAGACUCGAGCAACAUCUUCGGAAGUCCAGAGGAGGCGGUCCCCUCUGGCAAGCCCAACAGGAUGGCCUCCAAUAUCUUUGGGCCAACUGAAGAGCCUCAGAACGUACCCAAGAGGACCAACCCCCCAGGAGGGAAAGGAAGUGGCAUCUUUGAUGAGUCGAAACAGCCUGUGCAGACCCGGCAUCGUCUGAACCCGCCUGGUGGGAAGACCAGCAACAUUUUUGGCUCCCCAGUCACUUCCAGUUUACCCUCGGUGCACCCCAACAAGCCCAAGGACCAUGUUUUGUUACGUGAAGGAGAAGACCCUAAACCGGACCUUUCAGCCAUGGCGAGCACCCCCCUGAGAGAUGGGACGGCUGAGAAAGACAAUACAAGAGACAAAGCCCCUGCCAAGGAACCAGAGCCCACGGCCAGCGUUGACAGCCAUGAGCCCCGGUUGGGACCAAGGCCUCGCUCUCACAACAAAGUUUUGAACCCUCCCGGAGGCAAGUCCAGCAUCUCCUUCUACUGAGAGGCUGGCACUUCCCCAGGUGUCACACAAAAACUUGACAGAAGGAUGCCCGUACUGUAGUUUCCUUUAGCCUGAGGGAUAGGGGUGGGAAAGGGUUUGUCACAUGUUCAAAGCUGGCUCUGCAUUAGAGAGUUUUGCAGAAAACUGGCAGCCUAGCCCCAGGAGACACUUCUGCAUGAGGGGAAAGGGACUUCCUAGGCGAGUGUUCAUUUGUAAAUCCAGAUCUGAAAGGGACCUGGGGAGGGAAAGGUACAGUGAAGCAAGGGGACCCUCUGACCUUGGAACCCUGUACUUGGGCUUAGGGGGCGCCAGGGAAUGGCUAAAACAAAGGGAGUUCACAGUGGGCAAAAGAAGGCCAGACGUUCCUGUCACCGCAAGAGCCAAAGAGACCUGGGCAGAGACACCAGCAUGGGUGGGAGGCCCCAUCACAACUUGACUCCACCCAUCGAUUAGAUAAUUUUGCCCUGGAGAGGCUGCUGCUACACCCACUUUUGACCCCAUCACCUUGUUCUGCGCUCUUGUAACAUCUGGGUUGCAUAUCCUCAACAGCUUUCAACCAAAACUGAAAUGGUGCAUUUUUCCUUUUUCUCUUGGGCUCAGGCUUUUAUGCAAGGUUUUGUAUCCUGAGGAGCCCCAUCUCCUGUAGGAGCUUUUGCCUUGCUGUCACUAGGGAGUGGUUUACCUGCAAAUUGUUCUGUUCUCUCUCGCCAGCCUUAAGUUGUGGGCCUCUGCUCUUUACCCUUGGUGGAGGCAGUUUCCUCCACACAUGGUAGCUCUUUCUAGGCAGCUAGGGCCCUGGUUUUGGUCUGUUCAUGUCUGUAGGUAACGGGAUUCACACCAUCCAUGUGUCUUAGCUUCACUAGCUCUUCAGCUGUCCUACAGAGCCCCACCAGCAAGCAUACCACCCUUGGAUGUGUUGCCUGAAUUCAGGAUGAUGGGACCUCUGAUAGGCAUCUGGGGAGGCCCCUUGUUGACUCCACAGCCUUCUCCCUGCCAGACUGGGGUCAGCCCCAAGGACCAUGCUAUGGAGACCCCAUGCAGGUAACUGGAAGGAAACACGGCCUCACAGCAAGCUUGGAGUCCUGGCAUGUCUCAGCCUGUGUCCAGAGCCUCACGUGAAGGGCAGACAUCCUAGGGCUGCCUCCUGUGCCUUAUGCAGUGACAGCACUGGCUUCUGAAGUAGCCCAACUUGCUGUAUUGUCUUUGUGAUGGGCCUCAGACUUCACAAACACGCCACCACCACUACCAGACUCUUCUGACGUAGACAGCUCUACUGCAUCCUCUGUGUCCUUCGACAUUCCUGAAGAACGUGUGACCACAAAACGUUGCCAUCUAAAAUUCCACCUCUAACAAUGAGGGCAUUGCAACUUAUGUUACAAAUGUGUAUGUAUGCACUGUUGAAUGGAAAACCAAUGUGUCAGCUGUCGCCCAAACUGCAAUGAAUAAAGUAAACUUCAAUCUCUGAAGAAAGGAGAGGGGACUAUAUGGGAGCACCACCUGGUGGUGCAAAGGGUUGAGCACUUUACUAGUAGCUGAAGUUUGUUGGUUCAAACCCAGAGGGACCUAGGAAGAUGGGUUGGGAGAUGUCUUCCUAGUAGUCAGUCUUGGGAGCCCUGGGCAGCAGUCGUCUGCACAUGCUGGACGCUAUGAAUCCCCAUCAACUUAGCACCAGUGAGCAUCACAGAGACUGGGGUGGUUUUAUCAGACACUGGGGCAGAUGCUCAGCAAUCGCAGUUGCAAAGUUAAAUGCCUGUCUUG